CUUGCUGUACAUUCACUGUACGACCUUUCAGCUGUAGAUAGUCUCGAUCAGUGGUCUAGACGGGAUACAGCUCAUGACACUCUUCUGCGGAUGAGCAACUCCAUUGCCUCCUCUUCUCGAGGCCCAACGAUACCUCUCCCAAUUCCCGUGAUACCUCCUCCCAAUGUCCCGAUAUCAAAGACCAAUCUCAAAGCACAACAUCAUCUAGCAUCAGGCGCAUUGUCAGGACUGUGUUCAGCUGUAUGUCUGCAGCCUUUGGAUCUUCUCAAAACGAGGUUGCAGCAGAGAUACGAAGGCACUCAGAGACGCCGGGUGGGGACGGUUGUGAGAGAAGUCGUGCGGGAUGAUGGAGUGACAGGUCUUUGGAGAGGGACAGUACCUACGCUCGUUAGGAACGUCCCCGGUGUAGCUCUCUACUUUUACAUGUUGUCUGCCAUCCGUGGUCGAUUAUCGAUCACACCUUAUUUUCAGACCACACCACUUGCAAUCACUGUCCUAGAAGGUUCUACAUCAUCAAAGACUCCAGUAUCGUCAUCUUCAUCGCUCUCAUCCCGUACGGCCUUGGUGAAAUUAUCCAAUCAAGGUAAUCUUCUCGCUGGUGCCAUCGCUCGGACAUCUGUCGGCUUCAUCUUGAAUCCGAUAACCAUUCUGAAAGCUCGAUACGAGUCGACUCAGUUUCACGAAUACCGCUCGUUGUGGGGAGCCUUCCGAUCACUGGUGCAGACUGAAGGCAUCCGUGGUCUGUUUCAAGGAGUCACAGCCACGGCUGUCCGGGAUGCUCCCUACGCCGGGCUUUCUCUCACGUUCUAUGAGAAGGGCAAAGAAGUUGCUGGACGCAUGAUCAAACCUGAAUGGGGUGUCCCGAAUGCAGUCUUACAUUCUGGUUCUGCCGCAGCGGCAGCUGUCCUCGCCACAUUGGCCACCUCCCCAGCAGACUGCGUUAAGACGAGGAUGCAGGUCAACCCGACAGAUCACCCGACACUUCGCAGAGCAAUCAUCAAACUGUAUCAGGAUCGUGGGAUUCCUGGCUUUUUCUCAGGAUCAAGUCUACGCAUAUUCCGAAAAGCUGCUUCUGGAGCCAUAGCAUGGACAGUGUACGAGAGCAUAUUGUUAUUUGUAAGAGAUCAAGGGUUGUAGUAGAUGGUGUAUACUUAACAAAUGCAUGGCUGCU